CUUUCAUUUCCUCCUUCUUCAACUCCCCUCCCUUUCUCUUCUCUCCCUCUUCUCUCUCCUUACUGCCCUUGGUCUUCUUGGUCCCUCUCUUUUUUUUUUGUUUGCAUUCCCACAUUUCUGCUUCAUUUCGAAACCAACCAUGUCGGUGCCAUCGCAUGCCAAACCAGAAGUCAUUGCACACCUCACCCAGGCCUUUGCCUUCCCUAUCUCUGCGUACGACGGCCUCGUUGACCAGUUCAUCAAAGAGCUUCAUGAGGGCCUAACUCAUGAGAAUCGUAUGCCCAUGAUUCCAACGUUCGUCUACGAACUCCCCACUGGCGAGGAAGCAGGAGUGAUCCUCUCACUUGAUCUGGGCGGAACAAACCUUCGCGUCUGCAGAACUACGCUCUCGGGCAAGGGCAACUUUGAGAUCAUCCACAAAAAGUGGACUAUCUCCGAUACCCUCAAGAAGGGCCCCGGCAAGGAACUGUUCGCUUGGAUCGCCGAUAGAAUCGAAGAGUUCUUGGAUGUCCAGUGCCAUGCAAUUCACAGCGAGAGCAACUAUCCCUUGGGUAUGACCUUUUCAUUCCCAUGUGAACAACUCGACAUUAACGUGGGUAAACUCUUCGCCUGGACCAAAGGAUUCCGAGGCAAUGAUAUCUUGGGGCAGGAUGUUGUCAAGGUUCUCCAAGACUGCAUUGAUGCCAAGAAGCUAAACAUUACCGUCAACGCGUUAAUUAACGACACUGUAGGAACGCUCUUGGCAACGACGUACAAGCAUCCUGGAUGCGAAAUCGGCAUCAUCUUCGGCACCGGCACCAAUUGCGCAUAUCUCGAGAGCCAGUCAGAGAUCGUCAAGAUCAAGUCUGGUGCCGCCAACUACACUUCGCCCACAAACCACCAGGUCAUUAACACUGAAUGGGGAGCCUUCGGCAACGCGAGUGGCGCACUCCCAGCGAACGAGUACGACAACCGUCUGGAUACCAGGAGCAGUCAGCCCGGAAAACAGCGUUACGAGAAAAUGGUUUCUGGUCUCUAUAUUUCAGAGCUUACUCGCCUAGUUAUCCAUGAUCUGGCCGCGAAAGGAGAGCUGUUUGUUGAGGAACCAGGCAAACCCAAGACGGACGAGCAGCUGGGUGAUCUGGCCAUCAAGGAGAGAUUUGACGGCGCAAUGAUGGGCUCGAUCGAGGGAGAUGAGUCCACCAAUCUAGAUACAAUCGAACAUCACUUCUUGACGAAUUACAACCUCAAGACGUCGACCUCUGACCGUGAAACGAUCAAAUACAUCUGUCAGCUGAUCUCAGCUCGUUCUGCACGACUAUCGGCGGUCGGUAUUGCGGCACUGAUCAAGAAACGUAAGCUGCUGAACGAGCCCAGGAAAGUGAUCGUCGGCAUCGACGGCAGUCUCUUCAAUAAGUACCCUCACUUUGUGCAACACCUCCAGGGCGCGCUGAACGAGAUCUUCAAUCCCGCGACGGUGCAGUCCAGGAUUUCACUGAUCCAUGCCGAGGACGGCAGCGGUGUAGGCGGUGCCAUUGCGGCAUAUCUGGCAUGUAAGCAGCAGGGACAGCCCGUCUGACCGCCCUUCGUUCGUGCUCCCGAAAAUCACGUCAAUAACGUCAAUAAAGCGGAGUGCUUCCAUAAAUAUGCAA